AUGUUGCCACUCGAAAAACCUCGAGAGCGGAGGCGAACAUAUAUUCCAUAUGCUGUUUACUUUUCCUUAGGGCUCUUUUGCUACCAUGCUGUUACGGUUUUGGUCUCGCUGGCAACUCCGAUGUUUGUCCAACCGAGUGAGAAUUCUAUUAAGUCCUCGGAUACGCUUCCACAGCUAGAUGCUGGGCGGCUCAACCUUAGCGGCUGGAUAGAUGGCUCGUUUAAACCUGAGCUUACCCAGGUCCAGUGGAUAACAACCCCAUAUUCACACAUUGAAGACUCGGGUGCUUAUGUCAUUCGGGAUAAUGGGUUUUAUUUGGCACGUGUUGGUCUGGAGGACCGUACUGAGUUAUUUCCUGGUGAUGGGUUUGAGUUAGAUGGCAAAAAGUAUACCAUCGACGAACUAAUCGCACUGCCUAACUUGGAGUGGGCUUUACUCAAGACGAAUUCGGAAAAGCAAUGGCGUCACUCUAGCUGGGCGACUUAUUGGCUUUACAAUAUAAAGGAUCGCCGCUAUGCAUCAUUGGGAUCUGGCAUAAGCGUUUGCUUGUGGCUGCCUGACCUGAAACACGUUGCGUAUGUCAAAAAUAACGAUAUUCAUCUUCAUGAUGUUGAGGCAGAUAAAUCUAAAAGAGUCACUCAUGACGGCGGUGCCCAGAUAUUCAAUGGGAAACCAGAUUGGGUGUAUGAGGAGGAAGUUUGGUCGUCAGAUGUGGCCAUGUGGUGGGCACCGAACUCACAAAAGCUUGCAUUCGUUCGUUCUGAUGAUACUAAGGUGCCGAUUUAUCCGUUGGAGUUAUUCGUCGAGCGUCAAAAAGGCAAAGUUGAGGCCUACCCCAAGGUAAAUUAUCUUAAAUACCCCAAAGCCGGCGCGCGAAAUCCCACGGUGUCAGUGAUUGUAUUCGACAUCUCUACUUCAAAAUUAGAGAACGUCACUUGGACCAACCUGGAAAUCACUGAUCACGUGGUUGUUGAUGUAUGUUGGGUUGAUGAAGCUCUUCUCACCAAGGUGGUGAACAGAAACCUGACAAUCGCGGAGUACUAUUUCAAUGAUGACAUGAUACAUCGUUUUGAAACUACCGGAUGGUUUCAACUUGUGCUGACUGCCAGAUGGAUUCCAUCUAAUGCGACUAAUCAUCGCGAGCGUCAUGGCUUUUUGGAUUACCUAUAUCACGAUGGCUGGAAGCAUUUGGCAUAUUUUGCUCCAGACAGGGAGCCAUUUCUUUUGACGUCAGGAGCGUGGGAGGUUACAGAGAUUUUGGGACUCGAUUUGGGACUCAACUAUGUGUACUUUCAGCUGACUCGCGGUGGUGGAACAAGUCGCAAGUUGUCUAAAGUGAGUCUUCUCGGUACCCAAGCCAAGCGACCGAAGAUUUAUGAUCUUACCAAGGAGGGAUAUUAUCGAGGAAGCUUAUCCCUGGGUGGCCGUUACUUGUUUCAAACAUAUACCGGCCCAAAUAUUCCACACCAAGAGAUAAUUGAUUUGCGUAAUGGCCAAAUUGUGGCAGAGUUAGAAACCAACGAUGCCCUUAAACAAAAACUACGCGAGGUGUCAUUACCCAAGGUGUCGGUAUUCCCACUUGACAUUCCCGAUGCGGAGCUGGGUAAAAGUCUCAAAGUGUUUGUGAAGGAGUAUCUACCUCCAAAUUUUGACUCCCACAAACGGUACCCAUUGGUACUUGCUCCUUAUGGUGGACCUUACUCUCAGCUGGUUCUGCAAACAUUUGGUGUUGACUUUAGUAUGGUAAUGGCGCUGCAAUUAGACGCAAUUGUUAUUGUCGUUGAUGGACGUGGCACUGGUUUCAACAAUUUGAACAACAUCGGAUCUAAUUUCACCUAUAAUGUCAAAGGCCAACUUGGUCACUAUGAGCCGAUGGAUCAAAUCCUGGCAGCAGAAGUGUACGCAAAGAAGAAUCCGUUCGUCGAUCGCUCCAAUAUUGCGAUUUGGGGGUGGUCCUUUGGAGGAUUCUUGACUCUUAAGUGUCUUGAGACUGAUGUGAAUCACGUAUUUCUGUAUGGUGUGGCGGUGGCUCCUGUAACACUGUGGAUGUUCUAUGAUACCGUGUAUACAGAGCAGUUUAUGGGCCUCCCGCAGGAAAAUUCUGAUGGAUAUGCUACUGCACUGAUUCAAAACGUUUCAAAUUUCAAAGGUGCAAAACGGUUUAUGGUUGCUCACGGUACUGGUGACGAUAAUGUUCACAUUCAGAACACUUAUGCCCUUUUAGACCAAUUUAAUUUAGAAGAGGUUGACAAUUUUGACCUACUUGUAUUCCCCGACAGCGAUCAUGGUAUUCGUUAUAACAAUGCCAACUUGAUCAUUUAUCGGAGAAUCUUGGAGUUUUUCCGCCGAGCCUUUCACGAAUAA